CACCCACUGCAAAUGCAAAAACCCUAGCCGCAACUCCCUCCGCCUCCACGGUUCUCAUCCGCGACCUAUCUCUAUCUCUCCAAGGCAUCGGCCACGGGCUCGAAGGUGAUGGCGGGCGGCGGAAAGAAGGAGAAGGGUGAGGGGCUCGGGCGCGCGCUGAUCCGGCAGCGGAACAAGGCGGCCGCGGCCGCUAAGGAACGGGGCGAGGCGCUCGCCUUUGGCCACCGCCGCGCGAUGCCGCUCGAGUCUGUCAUUGACGUCAGUGACAUCGAUGCCGUGCUCCAGCGGGCCGCGGAGGCCGACCAGCUCGCUGAGGCCGCGUCCGUCUCUUCCGACUCCGACCUCGUCAUCGACCUGGAUGCGACGGGGGAGACGGAAGACGACAGGCGGCGGCUUCGCAAGGAGCAGGAGGCCCUGCACGCCAGCAGCCUCAGGGUCCCCAGGCGACCGCCAUGGCAUAGUCAGAUGACUGUGGAGGAGCUUGAUGUGAACGAGCGUCGGGCCUUUCUGGUGUGGCGCAGGAAUCUUGCAAGAUUGGAAGAGAAUGAUAAGCUUAUCCUGACUCCCUUUGAGAAGAAUAUUGACAUUUGGAGACAACUCUGGAGAGUGCUUGAACGCAGUGAUUUGUUGGUUAUGGUGGUUGAUGCUCGGGAUCCUUUGUUCUACCGCUGCCCUGACCUUGAGGCAUAUGCAAAGGAAAUUGAUGAACACAAGAGAACAAUACUCCUUGUUAACAAGGCUGAUCUGUUGCCGUUAAAUAUCAGGAAGAGAUGGGCUGAUUAUUUUAAGGCACAUGACAUUCUCUAUGUGUUCUGGUCGGCUAAGGCUGCCACUGCCACAUUAGAAGGCAAAAAGUUAAGUGGAUACUCUGAAGGAGAAUCUGCUUCACUUGAUUUGGAUACCAAGAUAUAUGAAAGGGAUGAACUCUUGAUGAAGCUGCAAGCUGAGGCAGAAUCUAUUGUAGCUCAGAGGAGGAUCUCACCUACUGUAGAUGAUCACGAAGCCAGUUCUUCAGAUUCUGUUUCUUCAGUGACUAAGCAUGUAGUUGUUGGAUUUGUUGGCUAUCCAAAUGUUGGGAAGAGUUCAACUAUAAAUGCUUUGGUUGGCGAGAAGAGGACUGGUGUUACUCACACACCUGGCAAGACAAAACAUUUCCAGACACUGAUAAUCUCUGAAGAGCUCACUCUUUGUGAUUGCCCUGGUCUGGUCUUCCCUUCCUUUUCAAGCUCAAGGCAUGAGAUGGUGGCAUGUGGUGUGUUGCCGAUUGAUAGGAUGACAAAGCACCGGGAAGCUAUUCAAGUGGUGGCAGAUCGUGUCCCAAGGGACAUCCUUGAGCAGAUUUACAAAAUUGCAUUGCCAAAGCCAAAGCCAUAUGAACCCCAGUCCCGGCCGCCAACUGCUGCUGAGCUGUUGCGGGCCUACUGCGCGUCUCGUGGGCAUGUCAGCCAUGCUGGGCUGCCUGAUGAGACCAGGGCUGCUCGACAGAUACUGAAGGAUUACAUUGAUGGUAAAAUCCCACACUUUGAGCUCCCUCCUGGCGUGACAGGCCCUGAGGUGGACUUUGAACAAAUCGCUGGAUCAGAAAGUCCAACUACUUCAGCAGCUAAUGAAUCAGUUACUGAUGAUCUCGAUGAAGAGGAUGAUGAUGCAGUUGAUCCUGCUGAAUCAAACAUGAGAGAUGUCCUAGAUGACCUUGAAUCUUUUGACUUGGGUAAUGGAGGGUCCAAAACUACAGCAAAGAAGAAAGAGGCGUCCCACAAGCACCACAAGAAGCCCCAGCGGAAGAAGGAUCGGUCCUGGAGGGUUGGCAAUGAUGGUGGCGACGGAACAGCAGUUGUAAGAGUGUACCAGAAACCCGCAGUUAAUUUGUCCACGGUCUCUUUAAGUGGCAGGGUCUGAUGCCCCAACUUUUACUGCUCGCACAACCCCGGCACACAUGGGCAAGGGCAUGGGACCUCUUACUGUAGCAACGGCUGAACUCUGAAGCUACUUCGAUGGAAGGAAGAAAGGAGUACUGAGCAUACGAGAGUUUGAAAACCUUAGAAACAACAUUGGUAGUCGUUGCCGGAACUUGUGCUGCCCUUCCGGCCUUUCUCGUAUGUAUAUGCUGUGAGUUGUAGCACGGUUGAUUCAUACUAAACGUGGUGGUAUGUGUUGUUUUGUUUUUUCAUGUCUCACAUAGCUGCAGAUACAGCUUUGGGAUGCAGAUUUGACGUGGAAAAAAUAUGUAGACGAUUUAUA